AUGGAUGGCUUCGACGAGAUCCACUCCAAGUACACCGACAAGGUGAUUAAGAUGCUGGAACAACUCAAGUUGAAAAAGAGCAUUCGAAUCAUCAUCAGCGCCAGAAAACAUAUAACUCCACUUCAUAGCGCAGCACGGAAUGGUCAUAAGAACGUUGCAGAGCUCUUGAUAUCAAACAAUGCUGACGUGAAUGCAGUGGAUGAAAAACAAUGGACUCCUUUGAAUUUAGCUGCUCAAAAUGGACACGAUCAGUUGAUCCAACUGUUGAUUGAUAAAGGAUCCACUGUUAACAUUUGUUCAAUUACCGGUGUAACUCCGCUUUAUAACGCAGCAUUCAAUGGUCAUAAGAACGUUGCAAAAAUCUUGAUAUCAAACAAUGCUGACGUGAAUGCAGGAGAUGAAAAUCAAUGGACAGCUAUUCAUUUUGCAGCUCAAAAUGGACACGAUCAGUUGAUCCAACUGUUGAUUGACAAAGGAUCCACUGUUAACACUUGUUCAACUACCGGUUAUACUCCACUUCAUACCGCAGCAUUCAAUGGUCAUAAGAACGUUGCAGAACUCUUGAUAUCAAACAAUGCUGACGUGAAUGCAGUGGAUGAAGAUCAAUGGACUGCUAUUCAUUAUGCAACUCAAAAUGGACACGACCAGUUUAUUCAACUGUUGAUUGACAAAGGAUCUACUGUUAACACUUGUGCAACUACCGGUUAUACUCCACUUCAUAUCGCAGCAUUCACUGGUCAUAAGAACGUUGCAGAACUCUUGAUAUCAAACAAUGCUGACGUGAAUGCAGUGGAUGAAUAUCAAAGGACUGCUCUUUAUUAUGCAGCUGAAAUUGGACACGAUCAGUUGAUCCAACUGUUGAUUGACAAAGGAUCCACUGUUAACACUUGUUCAACUACCGGUUAUUCUCCACUUCAUACCGCAGCAUUCAAUGGUCAUAAGAACGUCGCAGAGCUCUUGAUAUCAAACAAUGCUGACGUGAAUGCAGUGGAUGAAGAUCAAUGGACUGCUAUUCAUUCUGCAGCUCAAAAUGGACACGACCAGUUGGUCCAACUGUUGAUUGACAGAGGAUCCACUGUUAACAUUUGUUCAAUUACCGGUAGAAGUCCACUUCAUAGCGCAGCAUUCAAUGGUCACAAGAACGUUGCAGAGCUCUUGAUAUCAAACAAUUUAGACGUGAAUGCAGUGGAUAAAGAUCAAUGGACUGCUAUUCAUUUUGCAGCUCGAAAUGGACACGAUCAGUUGAUCCAACUGUUGAUUAAUAAAGGAUGCACUGUUAACGGUUGUUCAACUACCGGUAGAACUCCACUGCAUACCGCAGCAUUCAAUGGUCACAAGAACGUUGCAGAACUCUUGAUAUCAAACAAUGCUGACGUGAAUGCAGUGGAUGAAAAACAAUGGACUCCUUUGAAUUUAGCUGCUCAUAACGGACACGAUCAGUUGAUCCAAUUGUUGAUUGACAAAGGAUCCACUGUUAACAUUUGUUCAAUUACCGGUAGAACUCCACUUCAUAACGCAGCAUUUAAUGGUCAUAAGAACGUUGCAGAACUCUUGAUAUCAAACAAUGCUGACGUGAAUGCAGUGGAUGAAAAUCAAUGGACUCCUUUGAAUUUAGCUGCUCAUAAUGGACACGAUCAGUUGAUCCAAAUGUUGAUUGAUAAAGGAUCCACUAUUAACAUUUGUUCAAUUACCGGUAGAACUCCACUGCAUACCGCAGCAUUCAAUGGUCACAAGAACGUUGCAGAACUCUUGAUAUCAAACAAUGCUGACGUGAAUGCAGUGGAUGAAAAUCAAUGGACUCCUUUGAAUUUAGCUGCUCAUAAUGGACACGAUCAGUUGAUCCAACUGUUGAUUGAUAAAGGAUCCACUAUUCACAUUUGUUCAAUUGACGGUGUAACUCCACUUCAUAGUGCAGCACGGAAUGGUCAUAAGAACGUUGCAGUACUCUUGAUAUCAAACAAUGCUGACGUGAAUGCAGUGGAUAAAAAUCAAUGGACUGCUAUUCAUUAUGCAGCUCAAAAUGGACACGACCAGUUGAUUCAACUGUUGAUUGACAGAGGAUCCACUAUUCACAUUUGUUCAAUUGACGGUGUAACUCCACUUCAUAGUGCAGCACGGAAUGGUCAUAAGAACGUUGCAGAACUCUUGAUAUCAAAUAAUGCUGACGUGAAUGCAGUGGAUGAAAAACAAUGGACUGCUAUUCAUUAUGCAGCUCAAAAUGGACACGAUCAGUUGAUCCAACUGUUGAUUCACAAAGGGGCCACACAUUCCGCAUCGAACGUUUGA